CAAUGCCAGAAGAAGAAAGUCAAACUAUAAUGGCAGUUGAUGAACUUCAAGCCAUAAUACAAAGAUGUCAAAUUCUGGAAGAAGCUGAUUUCAAAGGAGAAGAUUUUAAUCUGUUUCAGGUAGCAGGUCAGAAAUGUUUAGAAGAUGGGUAUGCAGCUCAGUUAUUAGAAGUAAUUCAAAAUGAGAAAAAUAAGGUUAUCAUCAAGAAUAUGGGUUGGAAUCUCAUCUCUCCUCUUGUUAGAUGUAUUUUCAUGUAUAAACUGGAAGAUGAGAAGCGAGAACACUGCCUGAAGAUACUAGAUCAGUUGGCACAGCUAUGCAAUCCAAAGGAACUUUUUUUGGGUUUACUUGAGCAGAUUGAGCAGACGUCUGGAGAGCAAGUGUGCCAAACUGUCAUGUUAUUGCUUCAGCCUUUGCAGACAGUGCUUUUGAAACUUCAGAACAAGAAGGCCUACUCAGUGGGUUUAUCUUUGGCGAUGAUUAUGAAUCAGCUUACUGCCUUACCUGUACCUUAUACAAAACAACAAAUACAAGAAGAUAAACUUGGUCUCUGUCAAUGUUGUAAUGCAGUGGUGGACUUUGCUAAACCCUUUGUGAAUGAAGUUGUUAAAAACAUGGAAAAGUCGUCAGAAUACAAUGACAUGGAGCUGAAAGAAGAAUUAUUAAAAUUCUGUAUGAAAAGCCUGAAAUACCCAUUAUUGACAGCUCAGCUUGAGCAACUUGAAGGCAUUGAAGAACAUCCCUUUCGGCGUUUUGCAACUGAAAUUAUAGGCAUUUUGUGGGAUAUAAGAGAACUGAUACCAUUAGUGUUUUUACAUCGUAAAGGCAAAAGUCCACACUGGGAGAAUCAGGAGUUUGCGGACGUAGAGCAAAAGAAUUCUGCAGAUUCUUUGGCAUGUCUGUCAUAUCUGAUGUUUGUUCAGCAUUUUGGUAUUGAUUACUUUCCAGUAGUAUUUAGUCCAUCAUACCUUCUGCAAUGCAAUAUGACGCAUAUUGAAGUGCUACUGAAAAGAACAGAAGAAUCUAUGUUAUCUAAAGGACUUGAUCUGUUUGAGAGCUGUUUAUUGAGAAUGGAAGAUAACAGCCUUCUCCAUCAGUAUUUAGAAUUCAGAGAUUUUAUUGAUGUACCUCAGGAUUUGGUGAAAGUUAUGACCCUUUGUCCUAUAGAGCAUCUGAGAAAGAAGAGUUUAAAUAUUUUGCAGUUGUUCAUAGGCAAGUUUGACGCAGAGGGAAAAUAUACAUUAUUCAGGUGUUUACUGAAGACAAGCAACCAUGCUGGUGUGGAAGGAUACAUUAUUAAAAAUAUAAAAGAUCAGAUUCACUUAUCAUUAACGAAGGCAUGUGACAACAUUUGGUUUACGGGACAUCACCUGAUCUCCCUUCUAGAUUUAGUGCUUUUGCUUCCAGAAGGUGCUGAGACAGAUCUUCUGCAAAACUCAGAUAGGAUUAUGGCAUCACUAAAUCUACUAAGAUACCUGGUCAUUAAGGAUUGUGAAAGUGAUAAUCAAACUGGUGUAUGGACCACGCUUGCCAAGAUUGAGCAAAAUUUCUUAAAACCACUGCACGUAGGACUCAAUAUGUCAAAAGCACACUAUGAAGCAGAAAUAAAGAACAAGAAAGAAAACAGAAGAGAGGCACACAGUUCUAACACAGUUUGUUCUCUAACUGUUAGUGGGGAAAAGAUGCCUGCCAUGACUACUGACAUGCAGCUUCAGGUUUUACACUCGGCCCUCUUCACAUUUGAUUUAAUAGAAAGCGUUCUAGCUCGAGUAGAAGAACUCAUUGAAGUGAAAAUAAAAGCUGUAAUGGAUGAAAAUAGUUAGGUCAGCUGAAGUAUUUGAGUUAACAUACUUCUUAUAAGAUCAUUUUGACCGUGAGGCUUUAGUUGAAAAGGAGGCUGCCCACCUUUAAAGAAGAGCAAUUCAGAGUGGCCUCUAGAAGAAUUGCAA